GUCAGUCCAAAUUCUGAAUGGAGUCGGAUCAGAACCAGACCAUCCCGGGGCCCGCCGGCGGCUGCCCCCCCGUUGGCAUCCAGCUGGAGGGCGUCAUCCUGCCGCCGGUCCUCACGCUGGACGUCAUCCUGGGCCUGCUGGGGAACCUGGUGGCUCUGUGGAUCUUCUGCUUCCGCAUCAAGUCAUGGAACCCAAACAACCUGUUCCUCUUCAACCUGGUCAUUGCCGACUUCCUGGCGCUGGUCAGUCUUCCUCUGAGGAUCGACGCCUUGCUCAGAGGUCACUGGGUGUUUGGAGACGCCGUGUGCCGCAUCAACCUCUUCCUCAUGUUCUCCAACCGCACGGCCAGCAUCGCCCUCAUGACCGUCGUGGCCUUUUACCGAUACUUCAAGGUGGUCCAUCCGCACCACCGCUUCAACCGCAUGAGCAAAACGCAGGCGGGAAUGCUGUCCAUGUUUGUGUGGCUGCUUGUGGUCAGCCCGCGCGUCCCCAUGCUGGCCUACAAUCACAUCAAGGGCAGCGGCAACGCCACCCAGUGCUUCUUCUUCACGUCCUACAAAGAGGCGUCACAAGGCAUCAUCAUCCUGGUGGGGAUGCACCGCAUCCUGACCGUGCUGGAGUUCAUCAUCGCCAUGGCCAUGCUGCUCUUCUGCUCCGUGCGCAUCUCCCGCUUCCUGAAGGAGCGCCAGAUGGGAAAGCCCGACAAAGUGCGCAAGGCCAUGCGGGUAUGCGUGGCCAUCGUGGUUGUGUUCGUGGUGUGUUUCCUUCCCACCACCGUCACCACCAUCGGCGUGUGGGUCAUCCGCUCGUACCGCCCGUGGGACUGUGGUGCCUUCUACACCUUUACACAGCUCACCAUCGUGUCUUUGGGCCUCAACUUCCUCAACUCGGCCCUGGACCCUGUUGUCUACGUCUUCUCCAGUUCCAUGUUCAGGAAAGCCCUCCUCAGCUCCAUCCCCCGCCUCCUGCGCUGCGGGCGGGACGAGGGCGAGUACGCUGUGUCCUCGUCUGCAUCUCAGUCCACCAGCCAGCAGGAGCUCAAGUCUUUGAGAACCGGCAGAUAGAGUGAUGCUAUGUGAGGAGUUUCUUCUCUGCCUCCACCUCACCUUCAUUUGCAUCACUAACCUUUGGAAACAACAUCCAAUAAGCUUGAUAUCAUCAAUGCUAAGUAAGGGAAAUGUAGGCUUCAAUUAAUUAAAUAUCUUUGUCACAAUAAAUUUACAUGACGUUCACAUUCAUAACUCAU